AUGGAACCGUGCGUGUCACCAUUAAGGCAUCCAACGCAGCAGGUCGUAACGCGGUUCUGGGCAGAGAUCGCGCUCCCAGCAGGGUCGCAGAGGCAGGUUCGUGAAGAGGUGACUGUCCAGCACCGUCUGCUGACGCAUCCUCCGGGCGUAGAGAGCGGCCUGGGCGAAGACCAGCAAGUGCGUAAUGUCUCCCAUCGUCGCGAGGCCAAAUCAAUUCAGGGUGCUCCGUUCAGGUGCAGUUUUAUACGCCGCGAGUGUCACGUGUGCGUGCGUGUGUGCGCAGUAUCCCUGUGA